UAUGGGCUGGAAAAUACGAAAUGCUAAGGGUCCGAGCAAUGCGCGUGAUUUAAUUAACUUUAAAAAAAACUUAACAAGUAGAGAACGUAUCUAUAAAUUAGUCUGCUGUUUUCUUUUAACGUUAUUGUUGAGAUUUGCGUGUGUGCGAUAGUCUCACUUGGUAUCGUCCCGCUCGCUCAGCUGUUCGUACGCAUGAGCACGUGGAACUGACUCCUGCUUAAGCUCGUUAGAUUUAUAAACUUGGUGUCGUUAACUUUAAAUUAAACGUUAAUUUAAACGAUUACUUUCAUUAUUUUCGGUCCGUUAUAGGUGAGGAAUGUCAACUACGCACCCGUCUAAUGUACAGGUUUCCAAAGGGUCAGCAUUUGGGAAUGGAGAAACACCAAGCAAUAUUGGUUCCAUACCAUCCCAGUCAUCCUCCCACGCUGGAUUCUCAGAGCUGUACAAGAUGGUGAUGCACAGCAAUGCACACCCCCCCAUCAUGCUGAGCGCAUCCUGGACGCAGGCGGUGCCGUACAAGGAACAGAGCUACCACCGCACGCCCAGCGAGUCUAUCGCCAACAACUACACGCCCAGCGUGAGCAGCCUGCGUCUGCAGGCCCUGGCCCGGCGCUACGAGCCUCCUGCCCCUCACUCGCGCACGGCUCGCCACUCCAGCCCCAGGAAGGCUCCUUCCCCUACUCGAUCUCCACUCUCCCCCAGGAAAGUGGCUCCUCUUCGAGACAAAACCAGGUCCGCCAUCAGAAGGAAGGAUCCGUCUCUAAGGGAUGUGGAGAUUGACGCACCGAUGUUCCCAGAUGCGCAGCACAGCAUCAUGAUGUGCCAGGAGCAGAUGGAAGUGGAAAGGCGAGGAAUCCCUUCCGACAAGGAUCUAGAGAGGUAUUAUUACUACGUCGUGCACGGCGUUUACGGGAACAUGCUGGCGCCCCCCGAGAGCGGGCAGUGGGAGAGAGUGCUCCGGCUCCUGCCGGAGCGGCUGGUGGGGGACCACACGCUCGCCAAGAUGCUGCCGGAUUUACGUGACGAGAGCGUCGGCGACUACGACUUCAGCCUGCGCAGGGCGAUCGUGGACUACAUCCUGGAGGACCCCGCAGAGCGGCGCAGGCUGCGCGUGGCGAGCGUGCCGCGGCCGUUUGCCGUGCGCACCGUGCGCGCUCCCGUGCCGUGGCGCGCCGCCUUCCAGCAGGCCCAGGCCUCGGCCGCCUCCGACCUCUUCAGCAUCCACCCCAUGAUGCUGCACAUCCAUUGGCUGUGGCUGCACCAGUUCAGUGAGCUGCGCUUUGUCCGAGUGGCCGACCUUCACGCAGCCGCCCUGCCUCUCCCGCCGCUGGAGUUCGAGGAGCUCGUGCGGACGCACUGUCGCGAGGCUCGCGAGACCCUCUGCUCCAGCUGGGUGCCCGCCUGUGCCAAGCUGUUCGUGGAGCACCAGGCGCUUUGGACACCGCUGGUGCCGCACAGCGACAGCGGCCCAUUGGAGCAGGUGCAGGGCUUCUUUGCGUGCGCCGCCACGCUCAUGUCGCAGCAGCUCCGGCAGAUGGUGACCGAGUCUCUCGGGGACCUCCUCUCGUUCCUAAAGAUGCACCAGGGUGGCAAUGACUUUGGCGAGGCGUACGGUCACCUGCAGUUCGUGACGACCCCAGUACUCACGCUGCAGCUCAAGGUGGAGGAGCCCAAGAUCAGCUUCGAUCCAGACUUCAACGAGUGCUGGCAACUCCUCCUCCGCUGUUUCCACGUGAUCAUCAGCAGCUCCGAGGGCAUUUCAAGGGUGGAGCGAGAGCUGUUUGUGGACCUGAGAGACGAGAACCUGGUGCUUCGUUCGGUCCACCAGGAGGAGGCGCUCGUCGCGGACGUUCUCAACAAAGCCGCUCGGAUAUUUAACUCGAACACCGUUGGGCCGCUCAAGUAUCUGAACAUUUAUAAGGAAUACAGUGACUUCUUGAACAACAAAGCAGGGCAGGAGAUCAGUGCCUUUUUGCAGGAGCGGCAUUCCCUGCAGGCCUUUGAUAAGAAGCUGGAGGCGUUGCAAGCCGUGCACAGCAAGGUCGCCAGCAGGCCCGUGACGGUGCACCUGGCGCUCGUGUGCCUGAGCGCGGAGGAGCUGCACCAGGACCUGGCGGCACGGGUGCGGAGGCAGAGCGAGCGGCUCGUGCUCUUCCAGAUGGAGGAGAAUCGGCUGAUGAACAGCAGCAUCUGCAGGCGCUACGACGAGCUGGCCCAGCGGGCCUGCGGGCAGCCGGGCAGCACGGAGGAGCUGGUGACGCUCACCGAGUUCCUGCGCAGGGACGGCGAGGCCGCCACGGGGCGCCUGCGCGACGAGGUGCGCGACGCCGUGGAGCGGCUCAGCUUCCUGCUCGACCACGCCGAAUUCACACCCGAGGAUAUCAAGCUGAAUGGCCAGGUGUUCCACUGGCCCGACCACAUCCGCUCCGUGUUCGAGGCGAGCGUCACCCGACUGCAGACGCGACGCGAGCAGGCCGAGAACGAGCUCCGCGCAAAGGUCCGAGAGUUCGAGAAGAAGCUGCACCUCUACAGCAAGGAGGUGGACGCCUUCAAGAAACGCGAGAACAUGAACCUGGAGGAGAUGAAGAAUAAUGUGGAGAAGCUCGGCGAGCUCGCGGCCCACCUGGACGCUGCCGCUGAAGAGCUGGCGGCCAUUAACAAGGAAGAAGAGCUGCUGGAGUGGGAGGCAAGUCAGUUCCCCAUUCUUCAGGCCACCAUGGCGAACAAGCAGCCCUAUGAUCAGCUCUGGACCACCGCCCUCAACUUCCACCUCAAGUCUGACGUCUGGAUGCACGGGUCCUUCCAGGGCUUGAAUGCGGAGGAGCUUGUGGACGAGGUGGGCACCAUGUGGAGGAACAUGUACAAGCUCACCAAGACCUUUGCGGACCUGCCGGGCCCUCGGCGCAUCGCCGACGCCGUCAAGUCUCGCAUAGACAAGUUCAAGCCUCACCUGCCCAUCCUGAGCACCAUCUGCAACCCGGGCAUGAAGGAUCGCCACUGGGACCAGAUCAGCGAACUGGUGGGAUACGACCUGAAGCCCGGAGAGGACACCUCCCUUGCCAACAUGUUGGAAUACGGACUGUCCAAAUACAUCGACAAGAUGGAGGAGAUUGGCGCGGCAGCCAGCAAGGAGUAUUCCCUGGAGAAGGCUCUGGGCAAGAUGAAGUCAGAGUGGCAAGAAACGAGCUUCAAUUUCACGAGCUACAGGGACACCGGGCUGAGCAUUCUGUCGGCUGUGGAUGAUAUUCAAGUGCUCAUGGACGAUCAUAUCAUCAAGACACAGACCAUGCGAGGGUCCCCCUUCAUAAAAGCAAUCGAGACGGAGUGUCAGCAUUGGGAGGAGAAGCUGGUGCUCAUGCAGAGCAUCCUGGACAACUGGCUCAAGUGCCAGGCCACGUGGCUCUACCUCGAGCCCAUCUUCAGCUCCGAGGACAUUAUCGCUCAGAUGCCAGAAGAGGGACGGAAGUUUGGCAUCGUCGACGCCAACUGGCGAGACAUCAUGACUUGCGCCUUGAAGGACACUGGCGUCCUUGUGGCUACCAGUCAGCCCAGGAUGCUAGAACGCCUCCAGGAGUCCAACGUGCUGCUGGAGGACAUCCAGAAGGGCCUCAACAGCUACCUGGAGAAGAAACGCCUCUUCUUCCCAAGGUUCUUCUUCUUGUCCAACGAUGAGCUUCUUGAGAUCUUGUCCGAGACAAAGGAUCCCAUGCGAGUGCAGCCACACCUCAAGAAGUGCUUUGAGGGCAUCGCGAAGCUGGAGUUCACCGAAGACAUGGAGAUCACAGGCAUGAUCAGCUCCGAACGCGAGACCGUGCCCUUCAACAAGAAGAUAUAUCCGGCCAAAGCUAAGGGGAUGGUGGAAAAGUGGCUGCUUCAGGUGGAAACCAUCAUGCUGAGCAGCAUCAGAAGCGUCAUCAAGGAGGCUGUGAAUGCCUACAAUCAGGUUCCACGGAGGAAGUGGGUGCUGGACUGGCCUGGGCAGGUGGUGAUCUGCAGCUCGACCAUCUACUGGACCAGCGAAGUGUCUGAAGCCAUCCGGACGGGCACUCUCACGGCGUACCUCGGGAAGAGCAACGAGCAGAUCAAUGAGAUUGUGGAGCUGGUGAGAGGAAAGCUGUCCGGUGGGGCUCGCUCCACUCUGGGGGCUCUCACCGUCAUCGAUGUUCAUGCGCGCGACGUCGUGGCCAAGUUGGCGGAGAUCGGCAUCGCGAGCACCGACGACUUCCAGUGGCUGUCGCAGCUGCGCUACUACUGGGAGCAGGACGACGUGAUGGUGCGCAUGAUCACCACCGAGCUCAAGUACGGCUACGAGUACCUGGGCAACUCCCCCCGCCUCGUCAUCACGCCGCUCACCGACCGCUGCUACAGAACCCUCAUGGGAGCUCUCAAGCUGAACCUGGGAGGGGCUCCGGAAGGGCCGGCAGGGACCGGGAAAACAGAAACAACCAAGGACUUGGCCAAAGCGCUCGCAAAGCAGUGUGUGGUGUUCAACUGCUCUGAUGGCCUGGAUUAUCAGGCUAUGGGCAAGUUCUUCAAAGGGCUCGCCCAAGCCGGAGCCUGGGCCUGCUUUGAUGAAUUCAACCGGAUCGAGGUGGAGGUGCUGUCGGUGGUGGCCCAGCAGAUCCUGAGCAUUCAGCAGGCGAUCGUGCGCAACCUCAAGCGCUUCAUCUUCGAGGGCACCGAGCUGUCGCUCAACGCCACGUGCGCCGUCUUCAUCACCAUGAACCCGGGCUACGCCGGGCGGGCCGAGCUGCCCGACAACCUGAAGGUGCUGUUUCGUACCGUGGCCAUGAUGGUGCCGGACUACGCCUUGAUUGGAGAGAUCUCCCUCUACUCCAUGGGAUUCAUCGACUCUCGCAGCCUGUCCCACAAGAUCGUGGCGACGUACCGCCUGUGCUCGGAGCAGCUGUCCUCCCAGCACCACUACGACUAUGGAAUGCGCGCCGUCAAGUCGGUGCUGACGGCCGCCGGCAGCCUCAAGCUGCGCUACCCCGAGGAGAGCGAGAGCGUGCUGCUCCUCCGCGCCCUCAUCGACGUCAACCUGGCCAAGUUCCUCGCUCAGGACGUGCCCCUCUUCCAGGGCAUCAUCUCCGACCUGUUCCCGGGGGUCGUGCUCCCAAAGCCAGACUAUGACGUGUUCGUCCGUGCUCUCAAUGAGAACAUCGCCAAGCUGAACCUUCAGCCCGUGCCCUGGUUCAUAGAGAAGAUAAUCCAGAUUUACGAGAUGAUGCUGGUGCGUCACGGGUUCAUGAUCGUCGGAGACCCUCUCGCGGGGAAAACGUCUGCCUACAAGGUGCUGGCGGGCGCACUCGGGGACCUCUUUGCAGAGGGCGCGAUGGACGAAUUUGCGGUGGAGUACCGUGUGAUCAACCCCAAGUCCAUCACCAUGGGGCAGUUGUACGGCUGCUUCGACCCCGCGAGCCACGAGUGGACGGACGGCGUGCUGGCCAACGCGUUUCGCGAGCAGGCGUCGGCCACGGGGCCCGAAAGGCGGUGGAUCGUGUUCGAUGGGCCCGUGGACGCCGUGUGGAUCGAGAACAUGAACACGGUGCUCGACGAUAACAAGAAGCUGUGCUUGAUGAGCGGAGAGAUCAUCCAAAUGAGCCAAAAGAUGAACCUCAUCUUCGAGCCGGCGGAUUUGGAGCAGGCGUCUCCAGCUACAGUCAGCAGGUGCGGUAUGAUUUAUAUGGAGCCCCAUCAGCUGGGCUGGAGGCCUCUGAAGGAUUCCUACAUGGAAACCCUGCCCAGCAGUCUCACGGAUGAGCACCGAGAGCUGGUGGGCGACCUCUUUGAGUGGCUGGUGCAGCCGUGCUUGGACUUCAUCCGCUCGGACUGUCGCUUCCUCGUGCAGACGUCGCCCAUUCACCUCGCCUACUCCCUCAUGAGGCUCUACAGCUGUCUGCUCGACGAGCUGUCGGCACCGCGAGAGGGCAGCAAGGAAGCCCUUUCGAGCCAGCAGGUGACCAUGUGGCUGCAGGGCCUCUUCCUCUUCGCCCUCGUGUGGACCGUGGGCGGCACCAUCAACGGCGAGAGCCGCAGGAAGUUUGACGCCUUCUACCGCAACCUGCUCAUGGGCCAGGACGACAGCCACCCUCGUCCCAAGAGCGUCAAGCUCACCAAGAACAGCGUCUUUCCCGAGCGAGGAACGGUGUACGACUACUAUUUCCUGAAGCAGGGAAAUGGCCAGUGGAACGUGUGGACCGAUUCCAUCCAAGCGGACCAGCUGGUCAUCCCGCCUGGGGCCAAGGUGUCGGACCUCAUCAUCCCCACGAUGGAGACGGCGAGGCAGACCUACUUCCUGAAGACGUACGUGGAGCACGGAGUCGCCUCGCUCUUCGUGGGCCCCACGGGCACGGGAAAGUCGGCCAUCGCCGGCAGCUACCUCCUGGGCCUACCGAAGGAAAGCUUCAUCCCCACGGUGGUGAACUUCUCAGCGCGCACCUCGGCCGCGCAGACGCAGGACAUCGUCAUGGCCAAGCUGGACCGCCGCCGGAAGGGCAUCUUCGGGCCGCCCAUCGGCAAGAGGGCCGUGCUGUUUGUUGACGACCUCAACAUGCCGGCCAAGGAGGUGUACGGGGCGCAGCCUCCCAUCGAGCUGCUGCGCCAGUGGAUCGACCACGGCCACUGGUACGACAAGAAGGACACGUCGCGCCUCGACAUCGUCGACGUGCUCUUCGUGUCGGCCAUGGGACCCCCGGGCGGAGGGCGGAACGACAUCACAGGGCGCUUCACCCGUCACCUCAACAUUCUCUCCAUCGAUUCGUUUGACGAUGAGACCAUGACGAAAAUAUUCAACUCCAUUGUCGACUGGCACUUCGGAAAGGGCUUCGAAGCAUCUUUUCUCAGACUGGGGAGGAUGAUGGUGCAAGCCACCAUGGGGGUUUACAAGGCCGCGGUGGAGAACUUCCUCCCGACCCCAUCCAAGUCCCACUACGUGUUCAACCUGCGCGAUUUCGCGCGGGUCAUCCGUGGGGUGCUCCUCUGCCCGCAGACACACCUGCAGGACGGAGAGAGGCUGGUGCGCCUCUGGAUCCACGAGGUUUACCGCGUCUUCUACGACCGUCUCAUCGACGGCGGCGAUCGCGCCACGUUCUUCGACGUCGUCCGCGAGACCACGUCCAGCUACUUCAAGCAGAGCGUGGACAAGGUGCUGAGCCACCUGACGCCGACGGGCAAGCUGGCCGACGAGCACGUGCGGGGCCUCUUCUUCGGCGACUACGCUCAGCCGGACGCCGACCCGCGGCCCUACCAGGAGAUCGCCGACCUCAAGAAGCUCACAUCCCUCAUGGAGCACUACCUGGAGGAGUACAACAACGUGAGCAAGGCGCCCAUGCCGCUCGUCCUGUUCAAGUUCGCCAUCGAGCACGUGUCGCGCGUGUCGCGCGUGCUCGCCCAGGACGGCGGCCACGCGCUGCUCGUCGGCAUCGGGGGGAGCGGACGGCGGAGCGUGGCGCGCCUCGCCGCCUUCAUGGCCGGCCAGGAUCUCUUCCAGAUCGAGUUAACGCGCGGGUACGGCGCCGCCGAAUGGAGGGAGGACCUGAAGCGCGUCACGCGCAAGGCCGGCGUCGACGGCAAGCCCACCGUCUUCCUCUUCAGUGACACGCAAAUCAAGGACGAGGGCUUCGUGGAGGACGUGAACAUGCUGCUCAACGCGGGCGACGUACCCAACAUGCUCGCGGCGGACGAGCGCGCCGAGAUCGUGGAGCGCAUGCAGGCGGUGGCGCGGCUCGAGGGACGCAAGGUGGACGCGACGCCGCUCGCCAUGUACAACUACUUCGUCGAGCGCGUGCGCGCCAACCUGCACAUCGUGCUGGCGAUGAGCCCGAUUGGCGACGCCUUCCGGAACCGGCUGCGCAUGUUCCCGUCGCUCAUCAACUGCUGCACCAUCGACUGGUUCCAGGCGUGGCCCGCGGACGCCCUGGAGAUGGUGGCCCACAAGUUCCUGCGGGACGUGGAGCUGGAGGACGGCGUGCGCAAAGAGGUCGUGUGGAUGUGCAAGUACUUCCACGAGAGCGUGUCGCAGCUGUCGGAGAGGUACUUCUCAGUGAUGCGGCGGCACAACUACGUGACGCCCACGUCCUACCUGGAGCUCAUCCUCACCUUUAAGGCUCUGCUCAACUCCAAGCGGCAGGAGGUGUCCCUCAUGCGCAACCGCUACGUUGUGGGCCUCGACAAGCUGGAGUUCGCCGCAUCGCAGGUGUCGGUGAUGCAGAAGGAGCUGACCGAUUUGCAGCCAGAGCUCAUCAAGACCUCGGCCGAGACCGAGAAGAUGAUGGUGAAGAUUGAGCAGGACACGGUGGAGGUGGAUGCCAAGAAGGAGCUGGUGGCGGCCGACGAGGCCGUGGCAAACGAGGCGGCGGCCGCGGCGAAGGCCAUCAAGGACGAGUGCGAGAGCGACCUGGCGGAGGCCAUGCCGGCGCUGGAGUCCGCCCUGGCCGCCCUGAACACGCUCAAGCCGGCCGACAUCACCGUCGUGAAGGCCAUGCAGAACCCGCCGGGCCCCGUCAAGCUCGUCAUGGAGAGCAUCUGCGUCAUGAAGAACAUCAAGGCGGAGCGCAAGCCCGACCCCAGCGGCUCCGGCAAGAUGCUCGAGGACUUCUGGGGUCCGUCGAAGAAGCUUCUGGGUGACAUGAAGUUCCUGGAAAGCCUCAAGGCCUUCGACAAGGACAACAUCCCGGCGGCCGCCAUGAAACGCAUCCGCGAGAAGUUUGUGGACCACCCGGAUUUCCAGCCGUCCAUCAUCAAGAACGUGUCCUCCGCCUGCGAGGGACUCUGCAAGUGGGUGCGGGCGAUGGAGGUAUACGACCGCGUGGCCAAGGUGGUGGCGCCCAAGAAGCAGCGGUUGCGCGAGGCCGAGUCGGAGCUGAGCGUGCAGAUGACCAAGCUGAACGGCAAGCGCGCCGAGCUCAAGGCGGUGCAGGACAAGCUGCAGGCCCUCAACGACACGUUCGACGCCAUGAACCGCAAGAAGGGCGAGCUGGAGGCCAACAUCAAGCUGUGCUCGUGCAAGCUGGAGCGCGCCGAGAAGCUCAUCGGCGGCCUGGGCGGCGAGAAGGACCGCUGGACGGAGGCGGCGCGCCUCCUAGGCGAGCGCCACACGAGCCUCACGGGCGACGUGCUCCUCUCGGCCGGCACCGUCGCGUACCUCGGCGCCUUCGCCGUCGACUUCCGCCUCGAGUGCCGGCGGGAGUGGCAGGCGCUGUGCGCGCGACGGCAGGUGCCCUGCUCGGAGGAGUUCUCGCUGAGCGGCACGCUGGGCGACCCGACGACGGUGCGCGCGUGGCAGAUCGCGGGGCUGCCCGUUGAUUCGUUCUCCGUCGACAACGGCAUCAUCGUGACCAACUCGCGGCGGUGGCCGCUGGCCAUCGACCCGCAGGGGCAGGCCAACAAGUGGAUCAGGAACAUGGAGCGGGGCAACAACCUGUCGGUCAUCAAGCCGUCGGACGCCGCGUACGUGCGCGCCCUGGAGAACGCGGUGCAGUUCGGCACGCCCGUGCUCCUGGAGAACGUGGGCGAGGAGCUGGACCCGGUCCUGGAGCCCAUCCUGCUCAAGCAGACGUUCAAGCAGCAGGGCGUCGAGUACAUCAGGCUCGGCGAGAGCGUCAUCGAGUACUCGCGCGACUUCCGAUUCUACAUCACGACGCGCCUGCGCAACCCGCACUACCUGCCCGAGGUGGCCGUCAAGGUGUGCCUCCUCAACUUUGUCAUCACGCCCAUGGGGCUGGAAGAUCAGCUGCUCGGGAUCGUGGCAGCCAAGGAGAAGCCGGAGUUGGAGGAGAAAAAGAACCAGCUGAUUCUGGAGGGCGCCGCCAACAAAAAGCAGCUAAAGGAGAUCGAAGACAAGAUCCUGGAGGUUUUGUCGAGCUCGCGGGGAAAUAUUUUGGAGGACGAGACGGCCAUCGAAAUCCUGUCGUCCUCCAAGCUGCUGUCGGAGGAGAUUUCAGAGAAGCAGACCAUCGCCACGGCCACCGAGAAGGAAAUCGACGACACGCGGAUGGGCUACAGGCCAGUCGCCGAGCACUCUUCCAUCAUCUUCUUCUGCAUCUCGGACAUGGCAAACAUCGAGCCGAUGUACCAGUACUCGCUCACCUGGUACAUCAACCUCUACGUGACCUCGAUCUCGCACAGCAAGCAGUCGGAGGACCUGCGGGAGCGCAUCGCGAACAUCGUGGAGCACUUCACCGCGAGCAUCUACAACAACGUGUGCCGCUCGCUCUUCGAGAAGGACAAGCUGCUCUUCUCGCUGCUGCUCACCAUCGGCCUCCUCAAGGGCCGCGGCGAGGUGGACGAGGACACGUGGCGGUUCCUGCUGACGGGCGGCGUCGCGCUGGAGAACCCGCACCCGAACCCCGCGCCCGAGUGGCUCUCGGACAAGUCGUGGUCGGAGGUGGUGCGCGCCUCGUCGCUCGCGAGCCUGCGCGGCCUGAUGGACGACGUGAAGGCCAACGCGGGCCGCUGGAAGAGGCUGUACGACUCGGCGAGCCCGCACGAGGAGGAGCUGCCCGAGGGCUGGGGCCUCCUGGCGGGGCUCGACCGCAUGGCCGUGCUGCGCUGCUUCCGUCCCGACAAGAUCGUCCCCGCGGCCCAGGACUUCAUCGUCAAGAGCGUGGGCCGCACGUUCGUCGAGCCGCCCACCUUUGACCUCGCGGGCAGCUUCAGCGACUCGAGUUGCUGCGCCCCGCUGAUAUUCGUGCUCUCGCCCGGAGCCGACCCCAUGGCGGGUUUGCUCAAGUUUGCCGAGGAUAUGGGCAUGGGAGGCAGCAAGACCCAGUGCAUCUCGCUGGGCCAAGGUCAAGGCCCGAUCGCGGCCCAGAUGAUGGAGAGUGCCAUAAAGGCCGGCACCUGGGUGGUGCUGCAGAACUGUCACCUGGCCACCAGCUGGAUGCCCAAGCUGGAGAAGAUGUGCGAAGAGGUCAUCACCCCCGAAUCGACCCACCCUGACUUCCGCCUGUGGCUCACCAGCUACCCGUCGGACAAGUUCCCCGUGAGCAUCCUGCAGAACGGCGUCAAGAUGACCAACGAGCCGCCCAAGGGCCUACGCGCCAACCUGCUGCGCUCGUACCUCAACGACCCCGUGUCGGACGCCACCUUCUUCGCCGCCUGCUCCAAGCCGCACGCCUGGAACAAACUCCUCUUCGGGCUGUGCUUCUUCCACGCGCUGGUGCAGGAGCGCCGCAACUUCGGCCCGCUCGGGUGGAAUAUCCCGUACGAGUUCAAUGAAUCUGACCUCCGGAUCAGCAUGAGACAGAUCCAGAUGUUUUUGAACGAAUACGAAGAGGUCCCCCUGGAAGCCCUCACGUACCUCACAGGGGAGUGCAACUACGGUGGUCGAGUAACGGAUGACAAGGACAGGCGGCUUCUCCUGUCUCUGCUCGCAAACUUCUACAACCAGAGUUUGCUGCAGAAAGACAAAUACCCUCUCUCUCCCAUUGAGGCCUACUUCGUCCCACCGCACGGUGAAUACCAGACCUACGUCGGGUACAUCCGCGGGCUGCCGCUCAUCACCCACCCGGAGGUGUUCGGGCUGCACGAGAACGCCGACAUCACCAAGGACAACCAAGAGACGAACCAGCUCUUCAAUAGCGUGCUGCUCACGCUGCCCAGACAGUCCGGGGGCACUGGCAAGUCCUCGCAGGACGUGAUAGAGGAGCUGGCGUCGGACAUCCUCUCCAAACUUCCCAAGGAUUUUGACAUGGAGGUGGUGAUGGCGAAGUACCCUGUGGUCUACCAAGAGUCCAUGAACACCGUGCUGAGACAGGAACUCAUUCGUUUCAACAGACUGACUACCGUUGUUCGCUCAAGCCUCAUUAACGUCCGCAAGGCCAUCAAGGGUCUGGUGGUCAUGUCUGAGGACCUGGAGGACAUCUUCAACUCCAUGUUGGUGGGAAAGGUGCCGGGAAAGUGGGCUGCCAAGUCCUACCCUUCGCUCAAGCCGCUGGGCAGCUACGUCACCGACCUGCUCGCACGUCUGCAGUUCUUCCAGGACUGGAUUGACAAUGGUCCCCCGAGCGUGUUCUGGAUCUCAGGCUUCUACUUCACUCAGUCAUUCCUGACUGGUGUCUCCCAGAACUACGCGAGGAAAUACACCAUCCCCAUAGAUCACAUCGGCUUUGAGUUUGAGGUGACGAAGGCCGAGUCGGAGAUGGAGAAGAAGCCGGAGGAUGGCGCUUACAUCAAGGGGCUCUUCCUGGAGGGCGCCCGCUGGGAUCGCCAGCGCAUGGCGAUCGGGGAGUCGCUGCCCAAGGUCCUCUUCGAUCAGAUCCCCAUCGUGUGGCUGCGGCCCGGGGACCAGGCAUCGUUCCGGCCGGCGCCCUGCUACUCCUGCCCCGUGUACAAGACGAGCGCCCGCCGCGGCACGCUCUCCACCACGGGCCACUCCACCAACUACGUCAUCCCCAUCGAGUUGCCGUCCGACCGGCCCAGCAGCCACUGGAUCAACCGGGGAGUGGCCGCUCUCUGCCAGCUGGACGACUGAGGGGCUCUGGCGAGCCGCACGGAUACGCGAAGCAGGGGUUUCCCCUCAAAUGCGUUUGGGUCUUUUUAUCCCGCCCGGUUUUCAUCCCGAUCGUGCUAUAUAGGCGUUACGUCACGAAAGAAGCAAUCGUUCCGAUCUCGCACGGAGCAGGGAUGACCCUUAGUUUUGAGAGAAUGGCCCACAGAAGUGGAUAACGCAGAGCUACCCUCUGAGAUCCCUUCAAGUGACCAUUGGGCAACACAGUAUGGGGCAGCACUUUCCCACCCGCCCUGCCAUGGAGGGUAAUGUUUGUCGCACGAUGGUCAAACCGCCAUCUUUACUUCUCAGAGCGGUAUUUUAGCCAAAUUAAUUGCCGAACCAAAUUUCUUAUUUCGCGCAGCCAUUUGCGACGCGAGACUUUUCGAGUGCCAUUCUCCGUGUCCCACCGUAUUUCGAGUUUUAGCAGUCUCCGGAUUUGUGCAAUGUGUAAUUACUUGAUUUGGAUUUGAAUGAGGAAUAUUGGUGAAUGCACGCCAUUCGCGAGGUAUUUAAUUUGGGAAACAACGUGUCAUUGUGAUAUUGAAUUUGUUCAAAAUUGAAGAUUGAUGGUAAUAAAACUGUUAUUUUGUGAGGUGACCCAACUAGCUAUGCAAAGAAUUUUGUUAGGAGUGGAUGAUAGACCUCUAACUUCUAGUUACAUAUUAUAUAGAGUAAGUGUUCUAGUCUUACGGUUAAAUUCUGCCUUAUCCACAUCAUUAAAUGUCACGAUUUGGGGUCACUGUGUGAUUUGUUUUUAACUUUGUGGUGAAUGUAGUGCCUCUGUUGGCUGCAGGGGUCACGUAAAUUGCAUACAUAAUUGACAAAUAAUCGAUUCUUAGAAUGCACCGUCAUCACAGUAAGCUAUCUUAAACGAUGCAUUGUUGAAUGGCUAUUAUCCACCCAAGCCCAGUGUUACGAUGUAAAAGGAUUUUUUUAAUACAUUCACAGGAAGUUACUUGCUCAAGUCUUCCGACCUUUUCAGAAAUUGAACCUUGAACCUUGUGGAAACUGGCUCUGAACAUUAAUGAACACUAAUCGCGGUGAGGCGCGGUGCGAUAUUUCUCCACUUUGAACCCGCGCCUCUUUCAUUCUUCAGCUGUCGCAAUCCGCCCUCUGAUGAUCCAUCACAACGGCAGCCUUAUUUAGCACCCAUCUAGCUGCUUAGCAUUUAGCACCCAGCUCGCCGCUUAGCAUUUAGCACCCAGCUAGCCGCUUAGUAUUUAGCACCCAGCUACCCACUUAGUAUUUAGCACCCAGCGAGCCACUUAGCAUUUAGCACCCAGCUACCUACUUAGCAUUUAGCACCCAGCUAGCCACUUAGCAUUUAGCACCCAGCUAGCCACUUAGUAUUUAGCACCCAAGCUACCCACUUAGUAUUUAGCGCCCAACUAGCCACUUAGUAUUUAGCAAGCCACAGUUUGCUCGGAUAAAAUGGUUCAAUUCCGACUGCUACCAGGCAAUCUAUGCAUGCAAUCGCUCCAAGUAUUUAUUUUAAGCAGACAUUUAAAAAAAUACCUUGAUGUACUUGCACAGGUUUCUGUGCGGUUGUGCUGUAUAUCUCUCCGAUGUGUUUGCCGUACGUUCCAGGAGUUUCUUCAGGCAUGAGGGGAAGAAGAUGCUGAAGAAGCUGCCAGCAUGUGGAGCAUAAGGGCCGACAUUGUAACAAACACCUCGCGUUACAACCGUAAACUACAUCAGAGAGCUAUAAAGCAGAACGGUGUAAACCUAAGCAGUAGCUGAUAGAAUGCGUUAUGUUUUCGUGUCAUUUAACUUCAGGUCCGAUGGAGCCAGGCCGUUUUGUAUACUAUUGUUCCAAUGCAGCAAUUCACAGACGGCGCUUCCGUACAAUCACCAUGAUGCCUUGUUUAAUGUUAAUGAACGAAUACGAAUUGAGAAGACUUAAAAAGGGCAAAUCAUCUCCCUGCUGAUUUGCGCAGUGGAGCAACACAGCUGCAAAAUGCCAUAUUUAUCACUUCACCAGAAAUGGAUUCGAGUUUCACUUUCAACAAUAUAAAUUGUUUAUUGAGCCAAAUGUCACAACACAUACAAUCAAUUCAUCGGUAAAUACGAAAUAAAGUAUGAAAGCACUUGUAAUUUGAGAUGUAUGUUUUCAAGGCGACAUUAAGUGAACUAUAUUUAAACAUGUAUCUUUCAAAGUAAAAACGUUGCUAUUGAAAACAAUGCACGCAGUCACCGUGUUACCGUAUACUCUUAUCUAAAAUACAUUUCUCUAUCACGGGAAUAGAAUGUGGCAUGCAAGCAUUGUAGAUGUCAUUAGGAAGGAGGUUGUGAUGGGCUCUGUACGUGAACUGAAUGGAGGAUUGGUAAUUGACGUGGGCAUUGUAGGUCUGACAGGCAAGGUGCAGACCUUGAACCCAGUCAUGGGAUAUUAAUAAAUGCACGCUUUAAUAUCGAAGCCAGGACUCCUCACUUUAAAUCCACGGUAUCCAGGUUAGAUUGCCGGUAAAGGCCAUUUUUCAUCCAACAUUAUCUUUGUCCAUUCAUGCUGCGGUCAAAUAGCUAUACUGCAGUGAGCCAAGUCAGGAUAUCUCUCAUCAUCACAAUCAUCUUCAGCCGUUGUCCGUCCACUGCUAGAUGAAAGCAUCUUCACGCCAUUGCCAUUUUUCAUGAUCCUGCAACGCCACAAUCCAUCUCACCCCUGCAAAUGAACCUGAUCUCAUUGCUCCAUCUCCGUGGCGGUCAUCCUUCCGGGGUGCUUUUCAUUACAUUGCACGGUCGUGACAGAUGGCAGCGGCUUGGGGGGGCUUCAGGAGUGUUUUGACCAUGGUUAUUUAAGAAUGCCUUACUACACAGUGAACAUCUAUCAUCUUGCAGCGUCAUUAACACUUCGCACUAUGCGGAGGGUCAGUGUCUCCCAUUGUAUUCUCGCGUGCCAUCUGAGCCACUGUGACACCAACGCACAUUUGAGUUUGUCCGCAGCAUACGCAGGCAACACGCGUCUGCAGUGAGGCAAAAUGUAAUGUUGCUCUGCAAAUAAAAACGGUUUGUAAAAUUCAAA